AUGUCUGAAUUAAUUCAGCACCCACCGGCUCCGCCUAACAUACCUCAGCAACAAUGGCCGGCUGCGCAACAGAUGCAGGCUAUGAACGAGGCAGUAUGGCUUCAGAUCGGGAGUCUCUCAGAGGUUCUUAACAACCUUGACGACGCUAUGAGCGCUUACGAGCAUGCUUUGCGCGCCAAUCCGCGAUCCAUUCCCGCCAUGAACUCUAUCAGCUGUCUCCUUCGCACUCAGGAACACUUCCAUAAGGCCGUCGAGUACCUUCAGAACAUUCUUAAGUUGGAUGGCAACAAUGGUGACGUUUGGGGCAGCCUCGGUCACUGUUUUUUGAUGAUGGAUGAUUUACAACAGGCGUACUCAGCCUAUCAACAAGCUUUGUAUCACCUUCGAGAUCCCAAGGAACCAAAACUUUGGUACGGUAUUGGAAUCCUCUACGACCGUUAUGGCUCUCUUGAACACGCCGAAGAAGCAUUCUCGCAAGUCAUGCGCAUGCAACCAGAUUUCGAAAAGGCCAAUGAGAUCUAUUUCCGGCUUGGUAUAAUUUACAAGCAGCAGCAAAAGUAUCAGCAAAGUCUUGAGUGUUUCCGAUACAUUGUUUCUGUACCACCCACGCCGUUGACCGAAGAGGACAUCUGGUUCCAAAUCGGGCAUGUCCACGAGCAGCAAAAAGACUACGACAAUGCCAAAAACGCCUACAGGCGUGUGCUUGACCGUGAUCCGAAUCAUGCAAAGGUCCUUCAGCAGCUUGGCUGGCUGCAUCACCAGCAGAGUAACAGUUUCAGCAGCCAGGAGCAAGCGAUUGAGUACCUUGAGAAAUCAGUCAACUCAGAUCAAAGUGAUGCGCAAAGCUGGUAUCUCCUUGGACGGUGCUACAUGUCACAACAGAAGUAUCCCAAAGCAUACGAGGCAUAUCAGCAAGCAGUUUACCGCGAUGGACGGAACCCGACAUUUUGGUGCUCGAUUGGCGUUCUGUACUACCAGAUUAACCAGUACCGAGAUGCCCUUGAUGCAUACUCCCGCGCGAUACGCCUGAACCCUUACAUUUCCGAGGUCUGGUACGACUUGGGGACUUUGUACGAAUCUUGCAACAAUCAGAUCAGUGACGCAUUGGAUGCGUAUCAACGCGCAGCAGAACUUGACCCUAGCAACGUGCAUAUCAAAGCUCGUCUUCAACUACUUCGUAGCGGGCAAGCAAAUGGAAUGCCUGGACAGACAAGCGCUCCUCUCCCUCAAGAUGUUCAUCCCCAGGCGUAUCAAGCUACUGGAGCUGUAGGUCCACCAGGACCACAAUGGGGUAAUUCUGCUCCGAAUCCUCCACCUCCUGGGCCUCCAGUUGGACCACCAGGUGCAAAUGGUUGGGGAAGUCGACUUGCUGAGAUCAACCCGCCACCCCACCCUGGUAAUCCUUACGGAGAUCGCGAACGCAGCGCCAUCCCGCCUCCCCCACGUGCGCAAAGCCCCAGACAGGGCGAACAGAUGCGGCCGUAUCCAGGCCCGGGAUCUGAUAGAGGACCGCCAAAUGGCCCUCCUCCCCCACCAGGUCGCCGCUCUCCUCCUCGUGAACAUCAUGCUGCUAUGGGACCUUAUCCUGGCCCGGGAUUGCCUCAACCUCCUCCUGCAGGACCACCAUCACAGCCCGCCCGAGUUGCGAAUCCCAAUUAUGCAGGUCCUGGGCCAUCAUUGCCUCCUGCCCCGUCUGGAAUGAAUGGCUCUGGACCAGGCUCACUGCCACCUUUCGGACGAAUUAGUCCAAGACCAGAAGUGCGCGCGAUCAUGGACAAUCGAAUGCCGUCUCCAAAGUCCGGCUACCCACACCAACAGCCUUACAAUCACCAUGAUGACAUUUCCAACUCUAGAGGCAUUGAGGGCGGUGCGCCUCCCCCAGCGUCUGCUUUGGUUGCUGCUGAAGCUGCUGCGGCAGAAAGAAACGGCGACAGGCCAGCCUCAGUUGGUCCCAAGAGAUUGCGUGAAUGGGAAGACGAGCCUUCUUCGAUGAAGAAGCCAGCUUCUGACGAAAAUCGAGCUCGAAUGGAAGAUAUGCAUCACCGACGACCUUCCACGCCACUCAGAGAUAGAGAACCCUUCCGUCGUAGCUCAUCAGAAGCUCGUCGAGCAGAGGAUCAAAGACGUCUUGAUGACCAGCGACGUGAUGACCAAAGACGUCUUGAUGAACAGAGACGCCUCGAGGCACAACAGCGAGCGAAUGAGAAUUACCACCCUUCCGAAGCUGCUCAUCAUCCACCACCCCAUGCUCUCCCUCCAAACCAUCUGCCGCCCAUGCAGCAAGGUCCUCCUCCUCCGGUGCAUACCCCAGUCCAUGAAUUACCGCCACCCCCUCCACCACCUUCUGCACAGAAGGAUUAUCCCAUUGAUGAUCGUGAGCGUGAAAGAGAACGUCUCGAUCACCCACCUCCCCCACCUCCGGCACCAAUAGGUGAACCUGAGCGUGCUGCACGAAAGAUGGACGUCGAUGAAGAUUAUGAUGACGAUGGAGAUGAGGAUAAAAAGGGAGGAAUUAUUUCUGCUACGGGAUCUGGACCUGGGUCAGCUUCGGGAGAUGCGAAGGCCACUUCUCCGACAGGUGUUAAUGGCCAUAUCAAUGGCGUUGCCAAUGGUCAGACAAAGGUCGAGCCAUAG